GAAAUGUAUACAGGCAAUUGACAUAGCGUUCCGUGCUUCGGCUGAGAAUAUAAAUAUGUAACUUGUCGGUAAACAUUGUGUGAACCCUUCAAAUCUGGUCAUCAAUGGAAAAAUCUGACAAUAGAAUACAACUAUGGCUACAGGUCUGUGAUUUCGAAAGUUUAGAUUUGAUGUGGGUGCCAACAAUUUGCAGGCGGUGACAUUCUUCUGGAGAUCCUUUUUAAUGCUUGGGCUAGUCUAACAGUGUCAUAUAAGCUUAACAUUGAUCACACAAAUACUAAGCAACUAAUAUUCUGGCUCAUAGUCUUCGCCCUUCUCUUGUUUUGAUACACAGCAAGCAGAAUAUCCUACUUUUAAAAUACACUGCAAUAGUUACUUAUUUCCACAGUUGUAUCAUAUUAUGGCAGAAAACGCAGUGGAAAAAGAUUUGGAUUUAAUUGAGUUGGCCCUUAGCCGUAUAUUGAGAGACAACCCCCGUGGGAGUGGCGCAGUUUCUAAGCUUGCUCAGGAUGAGGGGGACAGACAACUAUUAUUGAGACUGUUGGAUCAGUUGAAUUCAUUAAGGACAGAGCGAGAGCAAAAGGCCUUACUUCCCAUAAUGGAGUGCUCAAGGAAUUCUGAUUCAGUAGGCUCAAAUGAGAAGAUCAAGAAAAUGGAAGAGCACAUUGGAGUUAUAGUUACUGAGAAAGAUCUUAUAAGAGAAAUAAGAUUUGUGAAAAAACAAAAUAUGGUCACACAUGCGGCCCUUGGCAUUAUGCUUAUGUCAAGUACAAUGUGGCGUUCAUCACAACUUUUCGUAGCUUUAAGGAUAAGGAACAAAAUCAAUCAUCCUUUAAAAACAAUAGGUGAUAUAAUCAGUGGCAGGGGUUCUCGUUUGUUUGCAUGGAGACUCCGUCACUCCCCUGAAUAGAGAUGCCAUCAGUGAACAACAUUUUAAUAGCAGACAAUUCUCUGGAUCUAAUGCACAUCUGGACAGGGUGAAGAAAAUAAAUCUCUGUUCUUAGUUCUAUCACAUGCUGGAAUACUCAUCAAGGAAUUCAUAAAUCAAAAUACAUAUGUAGCAUCCACAAUCAAUAUCUUCGUAAAUAUAGUUUUCAGAAAUCAUAUGUUGGUUUUUCA